GACACCCACUUGUGCCACUGACAAAAAACAUACAUAUAUAAAUAUUAAAAUGAUUCACAGUAUUCUUGGUUGGUCCUUCAUUUCUAGCUAGCUGUUCCACCCCUGUCUUUUAAAAAUUAUAUACAUACCCUCACAUGGAAGAAGCUAUGUUUCUAGCCCAAUAGAGGGUUGAAACAUUGAGUGAAUUGUGUGUUUUUCUUUUGUAUUUUUACAGAUGCGUUUUUUGUUUUUUUGUUAUGUAAUUGAAGGGUUCUCCAAGGCCUCUUCUUCCACAUAAAUCAUGCUUCUAGUAUUUAUUUCAUUUUUCCUUGAAAGUUUUGUUUUUUAUACCUUGAGUUGAAUUUGUGGAUUUUAGGUAUUAAUUCUUGAAAUUAUUAGCCUUUUUUCUUUCUCCCCCCCCCCCUCUCUCUCUCCUCAUCCUUUGAAAGAAGAGUGAGAAGGAAAAACCAGAUUAUAGGUGCAAGAAAUGAAUGAUGCUGUUGGUCUUGAUGCAGAGGAUUCUGAAUUUGUAGAAGUUGAUCCAACUGGAAGAUAUGGGAGGUAUAAUGAGAUUCUUGGAAAAGGGUCUUCUAAGACAGUUUAUAGGGCUUUUGAUGAGUAUGAAGGGAUUGAAGUAGCCUGGAAUCAGGUGAAACUUUAUGACUUUCUGCAAAGUCCAGAAGAUCUUGAGAGAUUGUAUUGUGAAAUUCAUCUUCUCAAAACUCUCAAACACACCAAUAUUAUGAAAUUCUACACUUCUUGGGUUGAUACUGCUAAUAGGAACAUCAAUUUUGUAACAGAAAUGUUCACUUCUGGCACUCAAAUUUAUAAGAAAGUGAUCUCGGGGAAAAAGCCGGAUUCCCUUUACAAAGUUCAGGAUCCUGAGGUUCGUAGGUUUGUUGAGAAAUGCUUAGCGACAGUGUCUGAUAGGAUGUCUGCUUGGGAGCUUCUCAAUGAUCCGUUCCUUCAGAUUGAUGAUUGUGUUUAUGACUUGAAGGCGUUACAGUAUCAACGAGAUUACGAUGACUUAGUCCAUCUUUUAAGACAACCUCUCUUGAACAGUACUUAUCAUAGCACAACGAGUUCAUUAGUUAAUGGAUACUCGAAUUAUAUUUGUUAUGACCAAGAGAACGACUUGGAUUCUCACUCAGCUGACUACGAAGCAACUGAGAUCAACUUAUUCACGAGUCAAGACGAUGAUCAUUUGGAAAAUCUUGACAUUACCAUCAAAGGGAGAAAGAGCGAGGACGACAACAUAUUUCUCCGACUCAGAAUAGCUGAUAAAGAAGGUCGUGUGCGAAACAUAUAUUUCCCUUUUGACAUUGAAACCGACACAGCACUGAGCGUUGCGACUGAAAUGGUUGCUGAGCUGGACAUAACGGACCAAGAUGUGACUAAAAUAGCAGAAAUGAUCGAUGGUGAGAUCGCUUCCUUGGUUCCUGAAUGGAAACCGGGAUUUGGCGUGGACGAGAGCCCUAUCAAGAACGGUAGCUGCUGCCAGAACUGUGAUGCAGGCUACUUGGGCAAGACUCUGCAAACAUGUGGAUCUGUCCGCGGCCGCUUUGAAGAGAUCACGUACCAAGUUGAAGGGUCGGAGCAGUGUGUGACCGAUAAUGCUCCUGUGGGAUCAAGCCAGUCCGACGGUGCUCACUUCACAGACAUAUGGGCACAAGAAGAGGACCAAGAAGUGACUUCCCCAUCAUCUAACGACAACCAAUUUGAUCAGUCCUCUAAGGAGAAGGGGCAAGUUUCACCACCGCACGACUAUUACAAGAAUGAGAUAAGGCAAGAGCUGAGGUGGUUCAAGGCCAAGUACAAAAGGAAGCAGAGGGAGCUCGCUCAUAAACAGUUCGGGGCUUUGAGAGAUAGAUCGCGAUCAUUCUCAAACCUUGCACAUGGAGAAACGGAUGAAUCUGAUAUCGAUUAUUCACUAUACAAGGGGAAGCAUUUCACUCUAUUUCCCCCUACAGAUUCCGAUAGAAGCAGUAGUGACACAAAGGUGCACAGCUACGAGUCUGCGUAUAAUGCUUGUAGUCCUGUGCACUUCGUCACAGCCAAGAAUUUCUACUCCGGUGGCUUGCUCCCGCAUUCACUCCACAGGGCUACUUCACUUCCGGUUGACGCCACAGAGCUCUAGACUCGUCCAAUAAGCAAGUAAGACGCGUAUAUAAGGUUCUUGAAAGCUACAUGUAGUUUUGUUGUGGCUUUUAGAUACUCAACUUGAGCUGAAAGUCACUGAUUUUGAGCGAGUGGAUGUACAUUACUAACUUAUUCAUAUAACAGAUAUAGCAAAAGUCCUCAAAUUGGCAAUAUAUAUGGUCCAUUUUCUUCAA